AUGAGGGAGGAUCAUGGAAAUAUGGCUGAAAUUGCUCGGACCACACGUUGUGCUCUAUCCAGACUCGCCAAAGCUGGUGGUGCUCUCGAGAGAAAGAUUCACUUGUUGCAACAUACUCCCAUUAAAAUGUCGGAUAGUACUCUGGAAUUGAUGGCUGUCUUUGCUGUCUCCAAACCGCAAACAUGGCAAUCAGAAUUCGAUCAAAUCUUGGAGUCCAUCGCAGAGACAUGUCAAACAGAUGGGAUACCAUGGACAUCACUGAAAGAGCUCAUACGAUACAAAAUCAAACAAAACGUACAUGCUGAAGACAAGAUGGGCAGAGUAAACGGUCUAUUCAACAAGGGAGAUACCGUAUCAGACUACGAAGAAAGGAUUGAUCAAGCACUGGACUCGUUCGAAGAACCACCAUUCACAAUCCAACGAAUCUGCGAACUAAUAACAAACCCAGACCAACACCACCGCAACGUAUGGGCAUACCUCAGAGCCCUCGAAAAAGUGCUCCUCGUCACAUCAACCGAACUCGACCACCAAGUCGUACCAUCAAGCUCUGCUACAUCCUCACCACUGCCUACAGCUGCAUCCAUGGAAACUGGUAGUAGUGUAAUGUCGCAGCCGACAUUACCAGCUACACAAGAAGGGGAUCCGAUGAUAAUGUCGCCGCCACGUGUUGGAGAACUGCCGCCUGAAGUUGUCGCGUUGGGACCGAAUCCUGUUGCCAGUCCGUUUGCGUCAUUGGUGAGGCCGGCUACGCCUCCUGUGGGUGGUGAUAUGGGGGAUCCGAUGGAUACUGAUUGA